GUUUCGCAGUGAGCCCGUCACAGGUAUGUGGCGAUCAGUGAAGUUCGAGAUGAUACAGGAUUCCAGACAGAACGAUGUUUUUCAAUACCUCGUUUAGGAAAGGUAGGAGAAAUCGGAACAGUACUGUAACAGAUGCAGUACAAUGUAACGAGCCUGUUGUACUACCCUGAUGUAUCUAUCAUACUAUGCAGAGGGAAGGAGGAAGGGAAGGAAUGGCGGUGAGAUGUUGCCCCGCUUCAGCUCCUCCAGCGAUAGUUCGUCCUCCGGGAGCGAUUAUGAUGAGGAGAUUGUCAACACCCCAUCCUUCAUGAGAAGGUCGGGCCCAUCACGCUUUACCAGAAGGGCUGCUCCUGCUCCCGCCUCCACGGAUGAUGACGACGACGAUAACCAUGAGGGUCUGCGCCCAGCUCCCAUAGAGCAUGAGUUAUCUGCAGCGAAGGGCAAGCGCAAGGUAACCUUGCGCACACCCGUCGCCUCCGCCCCUACUGCCAAGAAGCCCAAGAUAAGAGGAGCGCGUCGUAUGACCCGUUCCACUGCCCGAACCCCUAUCCGCAGAUCUGCUCCCGCGACUACUACCAAAGGUAGUAGCAAGAAGGUCCCCAUGCGUGGUGCUGCGCGAGAUUAUACGUGUGACUCCUGUGUCGUCGGUCGGUUGGGAAAGUCCGCCGCUGCCUGUUUCGACCAAUUGGGCGUUGAUUCCGGCCGUUGCUUCGCCUGUGCGGUGGGUAACCACAAGUGCGCUCCCCUGUAAGUGCUUCUAUUUUCUACUUAUCUGGCUUCUUCGUCCUCUAAUAGCUCCCAUUUCCCUCUAGUGAGGAAAAAGCUCUGAGGGCUUCAAAGAAGUUGGCGGCCGCCGCGGCUUGGGGCGCCGACUUUGCUGCUCUUGCGAGUCUGCGCGCUGGUG